UCCCAAUUCCCAUAGCUCGCUCGCAUCAUUCCGCAUCUCGCGCCCUGCCAGGUCUCAUCAAGAGCCCCGUCGCACCCUGCACACUCUGGCCUCUAGUUCUCUCCGGCCUCGCUCGUAGCUCGCCCUCCACUCGCGCCUCUCAUCCGCGCAUCUGUCGACCCCAUAUCCGCCUCAGAUGUUCCAGCCACCUCGACACGCUCUUUGAGACGCCUUCACAUUCGGCCCAUUCUGAAGCGCCGCAACCCUUCCGAGACGCCGCAAGCUGACUCCCUCGCAGCCGCUGGCCGCAUGGACGAGUCCGACGUGGCGUGGGAGGAGUUCUUUGCCACGUCACCGCCUCUUGCAGAUGCUGACGUCAUCAAAGAUCAGCUGUGUGCUUUCAUUCAGCGGUCAGGGUCGUCGUUGGUGGCGUGUGUGACAUCAGGCGGCACCACCGUGCCGUUGGAGCGGCGCUGCGUUCGCUUCAUCGACAACUUCAGCGCCGGCAACCGCGGGGCCGCCUCUUGCGAGCACUUCCUGGCGCAGGGCUACGCGGUCAUCUUUCUGCACCGGCGGGGCUCGGUGCGUCCGUUCUGCCGCGGCCUGCCGGAGUCGCCUCUCCUCACGUGCCUGCGCCCCAACCCUCUGCUGCCGCCCCCCCCGCUGAACGAGGGGAGACUGCCUCGGAUAGCUCACAGCAGGAGGAGCAAGGCCCUGCGUGUGCUGAGGUGGAGGGCAGUGGGUGCGGGGACCGCAGCUUGAGCCGUGCAGCAGCAGGGAGUGCAGAGGCCCCUGCUGCUCCGUGCAGUGACAGCUGCCCAGGGCGAACAUACCUUGAAGCCAUUCCGCCGUACAGCGAUGCCAUCCACCGGGCCGUCAAGAUGUUCAACGAGGCGCAGGAAGGAGGGCGGCUGCUGCUGCUGCCAUUCACAACGCUCUUCCAGUACCUGCAGCUGCUUCGCCUGGUAGCUGAGAGCUUGAACCCCAUUGGUCCACGUGGCAUGGUCUACCUGGCAGCAGCGGUGUCCGACUUCUUCGUCCCCUGGCCCUCCAUGGUGGAGCACAAGAUCCAGUCGGGCGCGGGCCCGCUGGACAUCCACCUGGCUCGCGUGCCCAAGAUGAUCCCGCUGCUCCGGUCGCUCUGGUGCCCCAACGCCCUGCUCGUCUCCUUCAAGCUGGAGACGGACACCAGCAUUCUGCUCACCAAGGCGCGCUCUGCUCUGGAGAAGAACAGGGUGCACGCUGUGGUGGCCAAUGAGCUGCUGACACGUGGCAGCAAGGUGGUGCUGGUGACGGGGGAGGGCGAGGAGGUGAUAGAGAAGAGCGAGCGGGGCGUGGCGGACGUGGAGGAGCCGCUGGUGCAGCUGCUGCUCGCCAUGCACCACAGGCACUGUGCUGCCAGUCAAGCUCCCUAAAAUUGUCGCUAGAUGCGUGGAAGGAAUACGCCUGCUAGCAGGCCCAUAGUAUCAGGCUUUUUACGCUGAUUUGCCUUUUUUUCAGGGUGUUCUCUUGUACCGUCUCUGAUGAAUCAGCCUUGAAAACGAAAGAACCAGCGCCA